UGCUUACCUUUAAGUGCUUGCGUGCGUGUGUGUGCGUGUGGUUCCUUCCUCCAGCUGGCCGGAUAAAAGCAGACGAGCGAACGAAGCGAUACAGCAUCCCGUCUCGGGCAUCUCGCACGCUUUCAGCUACCUUUUUUGCUGCUCCUUCCGAGAGCGUUCACCGGGGCCUGAAGACUGCAACGGUGACAAAAGACAAUUUCACUCGCGACGCCACCUCUUGGUCAGUUUCUCUUUUGUCGUCCGGCCGUGCAGAGCAGCGCCAAGCGCUCGUUUCGGAAGUAAUUUCACUUUCGUUUGAGUUCACUGCUGCGUGUGGAGCGAUGACGAUGAUGACGACGGUGGCGUGUUGUUUACUGCCGGUGUUGCUGAGCCUGCUGCCCAGCUCCAGUGCUGCCUUCGUUGACGGGGUAGAAUCUUCCGGUGCCGGCAAGAACAUUUACACCCACGAUUGGGAACCUUCUUCGGCUGUGGAGCUACGUGCCGUUCUACGCUCACUGGCCAAAACCAAAGACAAGCAGACUCCUCCAGCGGAAGGCAAGCAGCUUCCCACCUUCUCAGCGGCUCCGUUCGGAUCACCGUCCAGCCCGUGCAAAUGUCUCCAUGGCAUCUGUAGCUGUUGCUUAGGAGUUUUCAGCUUGAACGGUUGUGCGAAUCUAACCUACAUUCCCGAGGACUUUGCGUUCGAGUUUCGCAUGAUUUUCAACAACCGCGUGCUGACGAAGAAUCGUAUCAGCGGCAAGAACCCGAAGCCGAUCUGCGUACACCCGCCGCGGUUCGAUUUCAUCGAGGUGUGUGCCAACUUUUACGACGUGUACUUUGUCGGACGGAACAUGCACGUCUGUAUGGAGAUGAACGGAAACUUCGAGGGUUAUGAGCUGUUUUCCAGGUGAAUCUGGCAGCACAGAAAGUACGAUUCCUGGAGCUCUGUUUCAAUGACCUGCUGUUCUCUUUACACUUUCCACAACAGAUCGUUCAACUGUCUACGGAUAGGCGAUAAGGGCGUGAAGGUAAUGAAGCCGGGUGAAACUAUAGGAGGAUCGGUUAAUCCAUCGCUUGAGGCCGAAAUCGAUUACGGAGAUGAUAUUGAGGAUUACGACGAGGCCGUCGUAU